CACCAACACGAAGCCGUUCAGCGCCUGAAAACCAGAGAACACCUCAAUUUGACCUAUGUGUCACUUUCUGUCAGACCGCUGUGUAACAACCACGUCUGUUUGAUCUGAUCCUCUGUCUGUGUCUUACCUGAAGCAGCAAGUCUCCUUCAGAGAAGCUGACUCCGUCGAUGGAGGUCACCUGUGAGGCGGCGGAGGAGGGGACAGAGGAGGACGGAGGGAGAGCAGUCUGGACGUUUCCUCCGAACAUCAGACUCCGCUCGCUGGUCCAGCUGGAGCCGUUCUGACCUUUCUUCAUCGCGGCUGGAGGAGAGAAAAGGAAUCUGUCAGGGAGAAACGGAGGAGGACCCAUGAGCAGAAUCAGGCGCAGGAAAGACAACGAGACAAGAGGAUGCAGGAAGUAAAACUUGGGACUCGUGGUCCAGUCCAGCCUUGCAUCCUGACAUGAGAUCCUCCCUCAAGACCACACAGGACCUUACAGGGUUAAAGCUCCCCUCUGCAGCGAGUACAGCGAUUACACAACCGCAGCCAUUGUUUUGGUGUUUGGGCCCGGCGGCGAGGAAGGCCAGUUUGCCGACAUGUCUGAACCAGCUGGAAGGAGGCGCCGGCUCUUCUUUCAUCUGCAGGAGCUCAAUGUAAACAAACAUGACUACGAGACGGAGGAGAAGUUGGUUGAGCUCUGGGGACAACAUCCAGCGUGUCGAGGGACGACCAUCGCAGCCCCUCUUCCUUCCAGCAUCUUGUGAUUGGUCAGGUGCUGAUCGUCCCCAACGAAACUGGACUUGAUCUUGACGGUCCAGGGACCUCUGAGGAUCUCCUGAAGGGUUCUUAAACAUCCAGAGAAAUCUUUGGAUUCAUCUAAAUGUAAACAUUGGGGCAUCAGGGUGUCUACACAAUGCAAAGACAUCUUGAGAGACGGCUGACGAUGUUCCAGCUCUUUGACACGACUCCAGAGUUCGGCACCAAACACGGGAAGCGAUCAGACGUAUGAGCUCUCAAAUUAGCACCGCUCCUCCAACAGACGCUGGGAUGGAGGACGCAGAUCGAGAUAUGAUUAAAGGUGGACGCUGAUUCAACUUUAAAGAUGCUAACUGCUGACGAGGAGACAGAUGAAGAGGAACAUCAGACCUGAACUGAAACUAGGUUCCUUGCUUUGGAGCGCCACGUCAGAGCCGACAGACUCCUCGUCCUCGUCCACGUCCUCGUCCUCGUCCAUCUCGUUGGUGACGUACGAGCCCUUCUGUCUGGUCAGACACCACAGAAGCACGGCGAUCAUGCAGAUGAGCAGCAGCAGCACAGCGGAGACGACACCUGAGGGGGAGGAGGAACGUCGGUACAGAUCUCUGCGUGUUCUGUCGUCUCACCGCCAUCAGCUCCGGUAGCUCGUCGUGCAGCAGAUCCUUCAGCUCGCUCUUCUUCAGCUUGUGUUUGUCUCCUUCUCGCUCCGAGUACUUCUGAAAGACGGCAAUGAUGGUCGCCAUCGAGGUCUCCAGGAUUUCGUGUCCAGGGAGACGGCGUCCUCAAAAUGCCGAGGCGUCCCUGCAGCCCGGCCCCGGGGGACCCUGAGCUGAGCCGUCACCUUGGCAACAGGUCAGCGCCUCCCGCUGGGCAUUAAAAGGCCGAGUCAUAACCUGGCAGCUUGUGUUCGACUGAGAUCUCAGCAGAAUGAAUCCAGAAGAAACCCACAAGACAUCCUGCAGAAGAGGUCCAGUCCAGUCCUGUCGCCACAGAUGAAAAGCUGCCAAUGAGAGGAUGCUACAGUGAGACCCGGCCAUGGCUGCCCAUCGAAUCAUCAGAGUGACGAACAACAACCUCGUCCUCCCUCGCUGUAAAUCUGAGGGGACGCUCAUCGACCUGAGCGAAGGGGUCACCGGAGCCAGUCUCAACGAUGUCAAAGUGCCUUCUCCCAGUGCCUUAAGACUGGACACGUCAGCCUCCUACGGAGACGCACAGGAAGUGGUCGCCAUAAAGGAUUAUUGCCCGAGCAGCUUCACCACGCUGAAGUUCUGCAAAGGUGAUCGCCUCUAUGUGCUGGACACGUCGGGUGGAGAGUGGUGGUACGCCCACAACAACACAGAGAUGGGUUACAUCCCGGCCGCCUACGUCCAGCCGGUCAACUUCAGGAACUCUUGUCUCAGCGACAGCGGGAUGAUUGACAGUCUAGGGGAGGGGUAUGAGGAUGGGUCCAGGGAGUUUGGAGGUUUAGGGGAGUGGACAGGGACGACCCCGAAACCAUCUCUGCAUUACAUCAACAGCCCCGUCUCUGCAAACCCGUUCACCUGCUCGGUGGAUCAGAACUGCAAAGACUCGAGUAUCAGGGGCUCGGAUCUGAUCCUCUUUGAUACCCUGGCAUCCCCUUCGUCCUGCUCCAACUUUAACACCAACACAAUCAUGACCAAUGGGUUCAGCAGUUGCCACAUCAACAGCACCCCCAUCACCAGCCCAAACCAAGACAUCCUACCUAACCUCCACCGGGAGAACCCGUUCUUCAGGAGUAAACGUUCCCACAGUCUCUCAGAGCUGUCAGUCCUCCAGGCGCAGUCCAACCCAACCUUACCCUCUUCGGGAUUCUUCACAGGCCUUACCGCUCCUCUACCGGAGCAGUUCCAGAGCAGGGAGGACUUCAGGACUGCUUGGUUGAACCACAGAAAGCUUGCAAGGUCGUGUCAUGACCUUGACUCCCUGGGCCAGAGUCUCGGUUGGGGCCAGACUCAACCAGUGGAGACAAAUAUCGUCUGCAGGUUGGACAGUAACGGAGGAGUCGUUCAACUUCCGGAUACCCACAUCAGCGCCCACAUCCCUGAAGGACACGUGAGCCACGAAGACCACCAGCAGAUCUCUAUGAAAGCCUUACUAGACCCUCCUCUGGAGCUCAACACUGACCACUGCUCCACUGUGAGCCCGGUGGUGGAGAUCAAGCUCAGCAACAUGGAGAUCAAGUCCUUUAUCACGCUGGAGAUGAAGGUGUCGGUGAAUAUCAAGAAGGAGAGUUGUCGCACCGCAGAGCUGCUUUGUGUUCGGAGUGAUUGUAAAGAAGGGCCUUACACACCCAUCCCCAACGCGUACAUCUACAAGGACACAGUCCAGGUGCAGUUAGACAGUCUGGAGCCGUGUAUGUAUGUGGCUGUUGUGAUCCAGUCUCAGUACGUCAGCCUCAAUAUGACUGUUUGGGACCACGUUCAGAGGAAAGUCACCCUGGGGGUCUACGGACCGAAGCACAUCCAUCCUUCCUUUAAGACGGUUGUGGCCAUGUUUGGGCACGACUGCGCCCCCAAGACCUUGUUGGUAAGUGAGGUUGGCAGGCAGGCAAGUUCCACUCCGCCUGUAGCCCUCCAGCUGUGGGGGAAGCACCAGUUCAUCCUGGGGUUCCCUCAGGACCUCCGAGUGGGCUUGUACUCCAACAUGUCGAACUACCAGGUGAAGACGGCCGAGGGUGCCGGGGUGAUUCAGGGAUAUCAGGUCAAACUGGGGAAAGUGAACCGGCUUGUGUACAUGAUCUCAUCGCUCAACCCCGACAGCAUUUCAGACUUCACUCUCAGAGUCCAGGUCAAGGACGCCCUGGACUGUAUCCUGACUCAGUUCUGCGUCCAAACUCCACCACCGCCUCCGAAGACUGGAGCGAGGAUUACAGGCCAGAGGAGGUUUUUAAAAAAGAAAGAGGUGGAUAAGAUCGUCCUGUCGCCGCUGGCUGUCACGUCAAAGUACCCGAAGUUUCAGGAGCGAUGCAUCACCAACUUAAAGUUCGGCAAGUUGAUCAAAACCGUGAUCCGGCAGCACAAGAGCACGUACCUGCUGGAAUACAAAAAGGGGGAUGUUAUCGCUUUGCUCAGCGAGGAGAAGAUCAAACUGCGAGGACAGCUGAGGACCAAAGAGUGGUACAUCGGGUACUAUCAGGGGAAGAUGGGUCUCGUUCACGCCAAGAACGUUUUAGUUCUGGGUAAGGUCAAACCCAUUUACUGGUGUGGGCCGGACCUCACCACCACCGUGUUGCUGGAGCAGAUCCUGAAGCCUUGCAAAUUUCUUACAUACAUUUACGCGACAGUGAGGACGGUCUUGAUGGAGAAUGUGGGGAACUGGAGGGCGUUUGCAGACGCCUUGGGGUACGGGAAUUUACCGCUGAAUUAUUUCUGUCGGACGGAGCUGGACAACGAGCCGGAGAAGGUGGCGUCGGUCCUGGAGAAGCUGAAGGAGGAGUGUACCAACAUGGAGAACAAGGAGAGGAAGUCCUUCCAGAGGGAACUCAUGAUGGCGCUCCUGAAGAUGGAUUGUCAGGGUCUGGUUGCCAAAUUGGUCCUGGACUUCGUCUUGCUGACCACGGCGGUGGAGGUGGCGUCCCGGUGGAGGGAGCUGGCUGAGAAACUGGCUCGGGUGUCCAGACAGCAGAUGGAGGCGUACGAGGCGCCGCACCGUGACAAGAACGGUCUGCUGGACAACGAGUCCAUGUGGAAGCCGGCCUACGACUUCCUCCUGACGUGGGCCGCCCACGUGGGCGACAGCUACCGAGACGUCCUCCAGGAGCUCCACCUCGGCCUGGACAAGAUGAGGAACCCGAUCACCAAGAGGUGGAAGCACCUGACCGGCACGCUGAUCCUGGUGAACUGCCUGGACACCCUGAGGAGUUCUGCGUUCUGUCCCACGGGGUACGGGGACUUUGCUGUUUGAGUAUUUGGACCCGGAUGGAGGACGUAACGAGGGUUUUAAUGGAUCUGAGUUCUUCUUGGAGUUUAGAGGACUCUGUAGUGUUCUGGUCUUGAACAGGACGGCUUUGGAGUCUCACUGGAUUUGGAUUUAAACCUUUUAAACGCCGGUUUUGGAUAUUUGGUAAAUCUUUCCUUGGCCUCGGAUCUCGGAGUCUCUCUCUCUCUCUCUUUUCUACCUCACCCGUCGUCCUCCUUGUUCUGUCUCUCUCUGUUUGUUCCUCCUUUAUUCCCUCAUGUUGUUUCUUUGAACACAUCUCCCUCAGGACAACAUCACAGACCUCACCCUGCAGCUCGUUCCUCACAAACUGUGAACUUGAACUUUUAUUUCUACCCUGAACUCUGCUGACGGUCCCGAACUUGACUUGUGUUUCUCUUCAGCGUCUCUCCCUCCAUGUCUCGUCUGCUGGAGUCGUCUCGUACGCAAUGAAGAGCGUUUUCAGUUAUUAGAUUGCCAAAAAGCGUUAGCAUGAAGCUAACCCACAUGUGACUAAGUGCAGUAUCACACAGAGUGUUUGUUUGUAGGAGAUUCAGCUCUAUUUUUAUACUUGAGUGUGACACAGAUGAGUUUAUCCGCAGUGUUGUCCUUCUCUUUGUGUGUGUCCAUCAUAGUUCAGCUGGUUAAUUGGAGUCUUUGAGUCUGAGGAGUGAACUUUGUACAUUUAAAUUUGUUUUAUUUGUUUCAAACGUCUGAUGUUGGGUCUUCUUUGUGGUCUCUGCAGGAUCCACUCCCCCCCGGUCUUUGUCGUGUUUCUCUGUUGGUAUAUUUUCUGCUGCCGUGUCUCUGUGUCUGUUUGGAUGGGAACAGAAACUGUGCGAGGAGUUUAUGAGUAUAUAUAUUUGUACUGGACGCUGAUGAUGAACGUUGUCUUGCCUGUGAGAGGAGACAGAUCUGAAGUCUGUUCGGUGUUUCUGCUCAGAGAGUUUGAAUAAAACUGGAAAGUGGAAUCGUCCUGGUGUUUGUGCUCGUGAAGGCUUCAGUGGAGCUUGUUCAGCUUCCAGUCCCCCCCCUGCCUCCAGUCUUUGUGCUAAGCUUGGAUUAAAUGAUCCAGCAGCCAGAUCUCUUGUGUACACGGUGACAUGGAUCUCCUGGUGAGGCAGAAAACACACGAUUCUGAAUAU